AUGCCCAUUCCACGCCAUCGUUUCCAUUCCCCACUUUUCCCCACCUUUCCGCCCAUUUCUCCCGAAACCCCUUCCACCACCACCCCCCCCGGCCAACCCCCCAUCCCCCUUCGCCCCACCUUCCCCAGUGCUGCUAGAACGCCUAGACUGCUCCUAGAAGGGUUAGACGUGGCAGCGCUGGUGCUCCACCAGUUCGACUACUACCGCUACGAGGGCGCGCAGGUGAUGACCAUCAAUGGCGCCCCCGCCAUGGAGUACCUAUUAGAGUGGGCGGCGCGCUACGUGGGGCAGUACCGCGACUCGGGCGUGCGCUUCAAUCUGCUCUUUGCAAGAAGGGUUGUGUCCAAGGCGACGGGCGCGGUGAUUGCGACUCAGGGCGCGUUCGCACAGAGGAGUAUCGCGCCGACGAAUGACAGCGUUGUGGUGGAGCUGAUACUGGCCACGAGUGCCACACCAGUACAAGUAACGGUGCCGUGGGUGGCAGUGCUGCCGACCAAUUUCGACUCCGCCACCUCCUACUGGGCGGCAAACUGCGCCACCCCUCGCCAGCCCACCGCCUCUGCCGCUGCUGCUUCUGCCCCUGCUGCUGCUUCUGCCGCUGCUGCUGCUGCUGCUGCUGAGGGAAGCAGGGGAAUAGGGGCAGCUGGGGUUGAUCUGGGGGCGCGCAGUAGGGCAAGGGGGACAGAUUGGGCUCUGGAUGCGGAUGGGGGGAGGGGGGAAGGUGCUGGGGACGCGGCGAAGGAGUGGGAGAGGGAGCGGUGGGGGGAGAGGGAACGGGGAGAUGGGAGAGGAGAAGAACGAGGGGAGGGGAGGGUGAGGAGACCUGGGCCUCUGUUGAGUGAGAGGCUGAAGAAGAGAGCUUGUGGCGUGGGGGCAUGGGUAGCAGAGGCCGCAGCAGAAAGCACCGAGGGAGCGGAGAGCACAUUGACAGGGAACGGAGCUGAGAGUGUAGGGAGUGCAGAUAAUGCAGAGAGCACGGGCGGGACAGAAGGCACAGAGAAGGGAGCAGAGCGCACAGUAGGAGCAGGGGUAUGGGGCAGCAGUCGGGCAGGGAUGGGCGACAGCAGCGCGGAGAGAGCGUCUGGGUGGCCGACUCUGGCUGUGGAGUUCCCAAGGCCCGACCUCGACGCCCGCCCCUCCCUGCUCCGCCCCCCUCCCCCAUCCCCUGCCGCCCCCCUGCUGUUCCGGUCCCAAUACCAAGCAGCGGCUGCUGCUGCUGAGUCUGCUGAAUCUGCUGCCCCUGCUGAUGCUGCUAGUAGUGCUGCUGCUGGCAGCAACGGGCGUGCCUCGUCAGCGCCAGCGCCGAAUGACCUGGCGGGAGCGCAGAAAAUGUCCACAGCAACAGCGCUGAUUCCCGUGGGUGCCGUCUACCUACGAGCAGAGAACGCCACAGCAGUCUACCUGCUAGCAGACAACGCCACGGCAGUCAUCUGGCUGCACACCUUCCUGCCAGCAAUGGACGGCUCAGAUGAAGCCCUCAUCGCCUUCCUGCUCACCGAGAUCUCCACAGCCGUUGAUCUCGCCAACCAGCACGGCAAGCGAAUCAUAAUGGACGUGAGUGGCAACGGCGGGGGCUACGCCGACAUAGCAUACCUCCUGCUGCGCCUCGUGGCCGGCAAGCAAAAGGCCCCCGAGGGGCGCGUGCAGAUGCCACAGCAGCUGCUCAUAUCCAAUGCAUUCAUGCUCUCAUUACUGGACAAGCAGCUCACCUCGUUCUACCAGUGGGAUAAGUACGUGAAGGUUGACGAGGCCACGCCGGUGAAAAGCGUGCGGGAUUUCAAGCCGUUUCUGGAGGAAACGUUUUCCCCGGAUGGGGAGACCGGAGUGUACUCGGGCUUGUUCAAGCUCGCCGCGUUCCCCGGGCUUGAGAAGGUCCCGUUUCGGGGCCCGGUGUUUGGGGCCCGGCCGCUCGUUAUAGUCACAAACGGGAACUGCUUCUCAGCCUGCGCUAUAUUCACGCAUAAUCUCCGGAAGCGGUUCAAUGUGAAGCAUGUGACUGUAGGGGGGGUUCUGGGUCAACCCCUUGGGAUCAGCGCGUCUUGCAUGGGAGCGACCAUGCCGUCUUUAGAAACCGGAGUGACUAAUUUCCUAACCGGGACAAAACUCGCCAACCACCCGCGCGCGCCGAAGCCGUUUCCAUAUAAUGUGGUGCAAGGAGUGGCGGUGGUACAAGGGUAUGUGGAGGAUAAAGUGCCGUGUGAAUAUGUUUUUCUGCCCGGGGACCAGCAUGUUGACCUGACCAUGGAUAAAGUGGCCAACCCUGCGCUUGUGUGGACAGAGGCCUCCCAAUACUAUUAA